UAUCUAUCUAUCUUGAAAUGCAAAGAACAGAACAAAAGAGCUUUCUCUCUUCUUCCUUCUUCCAAGUCUUGUUCAACCACUGAGAGAGAGACACCCCCUCCGACAUUUUCUCUAUUCUUCAAGCAAACUCUUCUUCGUUUUCAGAUCUCACUCUCUCUCUUCUCUCUCUCUCUCUCUCUAGGGUUUCUCUCUGCUAUUUAUGAUCACUCUCUAACACGCUUCUUCACCCCAAACCAGGUGCUUCCAUUUCCAUCAAUCUUGAUUCGAGCGGUUUCAUGGGAUCGGAGAUGGUUGAUGCGGGGCCAGUCACGCCGGGGCAGGUGUCUUUCCUGCUGGGAGUUAUUCCAGUUUUUAUUACAUGGAUAUAUUCAGAGUACUUAGAGUACAAAAAAACUGCAUUUCCUCCCAAAGUUCAUUCAGAUACUAGUCUUGAUGAGUUAGGGAAGGAUGCAAUCAAGGAGGAUGAUCGGGCCAUUUUGCUGGAAACAGGGCUUCCAAGAUCAGCAUCAGCAAAACUCCAUGCAUCAUCUGUCAAAUUGAAUUUGAUUCGGUUCUUGACUAUGGAUGAUUCUUUCUUGCUAGAAAAUCGAGCAACUUUGAGGGCAAUGUCUGAGUUUGGGCUGAUUCUGUUUUAUUUCUACGUAUGUGAUAGAACCUACAUACUUGGAAAUUCUACCAAGAAUUACAACCGGGAUCUUUUCUUGUUCCUCUACCUUCUUCUGAUCAUAGUUUCAGCAAUGACUUCUUUGAAAAAACAUACUGACUCAUCGGCAUUUUCUGGAAGAAGCAUACUUUACCUUAAUCGGCAUCAAACAGAAGAAUGGAAAGGAUGGAUGCAGGUCCUCUUUCUAAUGUACCAUUAUUUUGCUGCAACGGAGAUAUACAACGCAAUACGUGUUUUCAUUGCAGCAUAUGUUUGGAUGACUGGAUUUGGCAACUUCUCCUAUUAUUACAUCAGAAAAGAUUUUAGCCUUGCACGCUUUGCUCAGAUGAUGUGGAGGCUUAAUCUUUUUGUGGUCUUCUGUUGUAUUGUUCUUAACAAUGACUAUAUGCUAUAUUAUAUAUGUCCAAUGCACACGCUUUUCACUUUGAUGGUGUAUGGAGCAUUGGGUAUAUAUAGCAAGUACAAUGAAAUCAGCUCGGUGAUAGCUGCAAAGAUUCUGGCUUGCUUUCUUGUGGUGAUCUUGGUUUGGGAAGUACCUGGAGUCUUUGACUUAAUCUGGGGCCCAUUUGCAAUCUUUUUGGGUUAUACGGAUCCUGCAAAGCCUGAUCUCCCUAGAAUGCAUGAGUGGCAUUUCAGAUCUGGGCUUGAUCGCUACAUAUGGAUAAUUGGAAUGAUUUAUGCCUACUUUCAUCCAAAUGUUGAGAAAUGGAUGGAAAAAUUGGAAGAGUGUGAAUCCAAGAGGAGAGUAGCAAUCAAAACCAGCAUUGUUUCAGUUUCUGUAUUUGUUGGGUACUUGUGGUAUGAAUACAUAUACAAGCUGGACAAGGUUUCAUACAACAAACUCCACCCCUACACCUCAUGGAUUCCUAUUACUGUUUACAUUUGCUUGAGGAAUUUCACUCAGCAGUUUCGGAGUUUCUCUUUGACCCUCUUUGCGUGGCUUGGCAAGAUUACUUUGGAGACUUACAUUUCACAGUUUCACAUUUGGUUGAGGUCGAACACGCCCAACGGACAGCCCAAGUGGCUUCUUUCUCUUAUCCCAGAGUAUCCUAUGCUGAACUUCAUGCUUACUACUGCUAUAUACGUCUUGGUAUCUCAUCGACUUUUUGAAUUAACAAAUACACUUAAGGCAGUAUUCAUACCCACAAAGGACAAUCGGCGGCUGCUGCAUAAUUUUAUUACUGGGGUGGCCAUCUCUGUUACCUUGUAUUGCGUCUCACUUAUUCUGCUUCAGAUUCCUCAUUCAAUGGCUUGAAAUUGAACACCGAAGAGAGUUUAUUCAUGAUUCCCUUUGCAUUGUCUGUGCUGAAAAGAAGCUAGGUGGAUAAAAAUAAGAAUACAUGGAAAUGUGGGAUCUCAUUUUUUGGAGCCGUGUUUGUAUAGUUGUCGGAAGUAGUAUCCUCAAUCACUGCAUCAGAUAUAAACACAUUGGUGCUGGUUUAUGUUGGGAGGUUGGAUGAUUAAGAGGGGGGAUUAAACCCAAAGGAGUUUAGACCAGUUUUCUGUAGCUUCAUUUGUUCUCACAUAUAAAGGAGAAAAGGUAGGAUCGUUUUACAUGAAGAAAUUCAAGAUUCGUUAACAGUUCAUGUUCAAUUUGUGCUGUCAUUUUUUGACUUGUUACAUCUGUGAAGGAUAAGGAAAUAUAUGUAUAUUCAUUUUGACAAUUUUAGGUGAAACAUGUCAUACCCUUGUAACAAUAGUUGUGUUUUUUCUCCUUCUUGUGUGUACAAUUGAGAAUAAAGUUUAAACCUAUCAUCUCCUGCGAACUUUCUAAAAA